AUGGACGAUCCCUGGGGCUCUCCUUGGGCAGACGAUGCAAAUUUGACGCAACCGAAUAAGGCGUUUGUGAAGGGAAAUGACGAGCCGGACCGAACCGCUCCUCCGACUCUGAAAUUCAAAGUUUCUGGCUCGAAUCUAGCACAGCAGUCGAACAACCCGUUUUGGAAGGAUGCCGGCGCAGAGCAGGAUGAUGAUGGGUUUGGCAACUGGGCAGAUGUUCCCGCGAACACCGGAGUUGGCUUGGACAGCGCCAUCGAUGGUUGGGGUGGAAACACAGGCAGUAUGGGAAAUAGCAGGCUCGACAAGUUGACACCGCGUAGCGAUGAUGGCUCUGCAGUAUCGUGGGGCGACACAUCUCUAGCACAAGAAAACUUUGUGGCGCGUCCCGCUCCAAGUCUGUCGAUAAAUGCUGCCAACGUUGUCCGUCAACCUUCACCGGAUCCAUGGGCUUUCAAUGAGCUGAGCAGCACCCAAUCGGAUUCACAUGACGAUGGAGAUCAAGAGCUUCAACAAGAUGAUAUCAAGAACAGUGCUAUGGCUAUUGAUCUGGAUGUAAAUGACAGUAAACUCGUGGACCGGGAACUACAAACCCUAACCGAUAACCAAGCUGAGAUUUUUUCGGAUGUCAACGAAACUGUAGAGCCGGCUGUAGUCCUAGAGGACAAGCAAAAUUCGACUUCAAGUGCGGAAACCCCUGAGAUUCCUGAGGAGGAGGAUAAACCUCUGUCAGAUGCCACCAUUGAACCGAUAAGAUCAUCGAUUACACAAGACGUCGCGCCGUCUUCGUCAAGACCUUCUUCUGCUCCUUCGGAUGAAAGCCGACAAGACGGAAGAUUCGCGGAGUCCCCACGUACCUCUUUGGACGACGAACCUAAAAGACUUCAGAUGCCCCGACAGGCGUCAAAAGUGCAUCAACUGGUGGAGCAUUUCGAUACAUUGGCCAAGAGGGAAGGGACGCCAGAGUUACAAGACGGCCGUGUAAGUGCUGGUGGAGAAAGUACAACUAGCGCAAAUGACAAACAAGAGGAUCUAGACGAUAAUGAGACGUACGAACAAAAAGUGGAAUCAGAUAGAGCAACACAGGAUGAGGACGGAAACGAGAACGAAGAAGACGACGAUUUCGGGGACUUUGGUGAUUUUGAGGAGGGUGAUUUUGACGGCGACCAGCCAGAAGCUGCACAGAUUUUCCAACAGUCAGAAUCGGAUCUUGUUAGUGACGAGGCAGCCAACAUCAAUCAAACAGAUAGCCCUGCGACUUCCCCUGAGCCGGUUGAGUUCAGCCCUAAUGUUGUACUGCUGAACGACAUGUAUCCAGACCUGGUGGCCAACCUCGUUCCUGAGAAGAUCUUCAUUCCAGAUGUGGUUCCCCACGAUUCCUUCUCGUCGGUCGAGGAACGCAAAAUGUGGUAUCGACUCUCGAGAUAUGGGCCAAUGCGAAAGCACGAGUCUGGGGAUGACGAGAACUAUGUUCGAAUAAACUGGGCAAAGUCUAGUGUCAGAGAGGAGACGCUCAAGGUGGUUGCGCGUUGGAUAGAGGAGGACCGCAUCAGUGGACGUGUUGUCCUUGGUGGCGGGAGCAAAGCUGGAUCUAUCUUCGGUUGGAAUGAUCCGAAAUCGAAACCCGCUUCAAUUGCCGCCGCAUUUGCGGAAAGAAAUCCAAGGAAGAAGAAGUCGUCAAUAGUCAGUCUCCCCCCAACAGAAAUACCAAGGGAGUGGCCAACAGGUUUGGUCCGGGACCGUUCUACCUCUAAAGGGCGUUCAGCAUCCAAACCACGGCGAAGAAGUUCGGUAAAACCUGCUAAGGUUGUUGAUGAUAUUGAUUCUGGAAGAGUACCUGCUCUUACCACGCCUGUGGUGGACUUUGGUUGGAGUUCAAAUGCGACUCUUGGCAACGAUCAAAGAACAGCAAAUCAGCCACACUCUUCCCAUAAUGCAUCAGAGUCUACGUCUAGUUUUACGUAUAUGUCGGGAAAUUCUUCACCUACCCCACUACAAGCUCCGACGACCAAGCGUGCUUCUUUUAAAUCUCUAUCCCACUCGAUUACUCCUACCUCAUAUAAUGCUGUCGCAGAAAGCAGACAACAAAAUAGCAUUCUACCAGUCUCCACGACAAGCUCGAUACAACCGUCAAAACCCGCAGGAGUUGCUCUUGCUGCUGAUGAUGACUGGGGUGAGAUGGUAGCUUCUCCAGUGGUUGCAUCUGCACCAACGCUCCCAAUUCAAGAGUCUGUUCAUAAAACAUUCCAAGCUGCUGAUAACAUUCUAUCAGUCGAUAAGGCUGCGGCGUCAGCAAGUAUGAAAGCUGAUCAAAGCCACCCUCCAAGGAGUAGCAUGGACCAGAUAUUGAUACCCACGCCUGUGAGUACUCAAACAACAAGCGGGGAUCCUCCCCUUGCUUUUGCUUUUGAUAGCAGCAUGUCCAGCACGAAGCAAGAGGCAAGCCCACUUCCAUUUCCGGAUAGCAAGACAGCUGCUGCCAUCUCGCAGGCAGGCAGCAGCGAUCCAUGGGCUUCUGCAGACUUUUCUUUCUUUGACACUGCCCCAUCUAUCUCGGCGCCUGCACUUGCACCUAAGCCUCAGAAAAAACCAGUCGCCGUUUCUGUACCGCCACGUAGUGGACCGACCUCGAUAAUGCCUGCACCGGCCAUCUCGAAAACCAGGCGUUCUAAAGAAGAGAUGGAGCAAGAUAAGAUAGUGGAAAGCAUCAUAAGCGGUCUUCCAGAUUUGAGCUAUAUGUUGAAAAGAUAG